AAGUACAGGUAGUGGCCCACUAUAGCGCUCUUUCUUCUUUUCUCUGUCCACUAGUCCGUCCAGCUCUAUCUAUCUAUCACUGGGGGUUUCUUGAGUCUCUCUCCAAAAAACUGUUGUACCGCCGCACCAACGUGUGCGAGCAUACCAAACGGUAACAUAAGGAAACCCAGGGGGACAGGCAGACUUGGUGAUGCAGCCAGCGGCCGAUUACGGCAACGACAGCAGCGGCGCGACCUUCAAGGUCAAGAUGCUCACACACACGACACCCGGCGGCACAGCCGCCAACGCAGAACCACACCGGGCGCAACCCGAGGCAACGGCGCAACUGCAGACGCCAAUGUACGAAUACAACGCGUGCUAGCCCAGCGGGCGACCAGGAUGUGGUGGUGGCGGCCGAUGCGGGCCGCACGGGUGCGGGCGACUAGCGGGUCCUCGGGGCGGAAGUGCCACUGACGAUGUUGGGAAGUUGCCGCAGAUGAGUGCCUCGCCCUGUUGCGGGCCGGGAGGACUACAUGCCGGGCCUGAGGGUCAAAGCAGCCGGCAACGACGUCCAUUUCAUGGACCCCGCAGGACCAGAUGCCGAGACGAACACCGGCAGCAUGGCUAUGCUGCAACUGUGAAGAUGAUGAAGCUGUGGGCAGCAGGGUUGUCUGGUGGAAAAAAUCUCUGUCAAGUGUGUGUGAAGAGAAAACAAGAAAAGGGCAAAGCGGGCGGCGUUAGUAGCUGUAAAAGUUAGUAAGAUAAGAGCUGGAGUAGGAAGUAGUAGUAAAAUAGCCUGGCGGUGUUCAAAACAGAAAAAGUCUAUGAGUUCUUUUUACUAGCGCUUCUGGUGUGCCAGGAAUUAACACAUAAAAAACUAACACACCGACCGGGUUAGUUAAACAGGGAUGUGUAGCAUGUUGCCUGCGGGUAUAGAAUAGUCCAUCCCUCGCACUGCUGUUGCGCCAGCAGAUGCGGCGACAGGCGUGACGUUCGCGGGAAGCCUCAUGACGAGGAUAGUUAGUUUUGUAUGGCGGUCUUCGUGACUGCGGUGCCGUGGCCGUCACAUUGCCUGCUCGUGUAGUACAUUCCGCGUAGCGCCCAUCUUCGACCUACAAAUAUUCGUAGCGCAAAGACCUUCGUGCGGAUCGUUGGCACUAGUAGCGCCCUAGACACCUCGGCCAAAAGAAAGAAGAAGGUGGUAAAUUUUUACGUGAAGCAAGAAGCUCAAGCCGUUCCAGCGUUCCCGUUUCUAAAAGGUUCAGAAGCACGUAGAUCGUAAAUUCCU